GCUAAGGAGAGCGCCGCGGAAAGGAGACUGCUGGCCAGGGUUGCGGCGGCAGCCGACGAGUCUUCAAUUUUCUGGCGUUGGAUCGUGAGCGGUGUCUGUUUGUCCCGCCGAGGGCUCCCAGGACAGGGCAGGGAUCUAGAGGGGUUGCAUACCGGCUUUUCUUUUCUCAUUUUUUUUUUAAAGGGGAGGGGGUCAAAGGGAGGGAGGAGAAUGGACAGAAUACUGACUGGAACGUUAAUUAAAGCAUUUCAUAUGCCAAGAGCAGAAUAACAGUUCCAUAUUCUUCAUAAAGUUUCUCCAUUAGAUUAACUUCAUUUUGGAAUGCUCAUUUUGCAUGCUUAAUUUUGAAAUUAGCCCGGUUAACUGAAUUCAGGGGUGAGAAUUUGAUCCAGUCCAAGUUUGAGCACUCAGUUCAACCAGCUUACGAUGGAAUUUCUGAAGACUUGUGUACUUAGAAGAAAUGCAUGUACUGUGGUUUGCUUCUGGAGAAGCAUAGUUGUCCAGAAGCCUUCAGUUAGAAAGAUUAGUACUACCUCUCCAAGGAGCACUGUUAUGCCUGCUUGGGUGAUAGAUAAAUAUGGGAAGAAUGAAGUGCUUCGAUUUACUAAGAACAUGAUGAUACCUAUCAUACACUAUCCAAAUGAAGUAAUUGUCAGAGUUCACGCUGCCAGUGUAAAUCCUAUAGACGUUAAUAUGAGAAGUGGUUAUGGAGCUGCAGCUUUAAAUAUGAAGCGUGAUCCUUUACACAUUAGAGCCAGAGGAGAAGAAUUUCCCCUGACUCUGGGUCGGGAUGUCUCUGGCGUGGUGAUGGAAUGUGGCCUUGAUGUGAAGUACUUCAAGCCUGGAGAUGAGGUCUGGGCUGCAGUUCCUCCUUGGAAACAAGGCACUCUUUCAGAGUUUGUGGUAGUCAGUGGGAAUGAGGUUUCUCACAAACCCAAAUCACUCACUCAUACUCAAGCUGCCUCUUUGCCAUAUGUGGCUCUCACAGCCUGGUCAGCCAUAAACAAAGUUGGUGGCCUGAAUGACAAGAAUUGCACAGGAAAACGUGUUCUAAUAUUAGGCGCUUCAGGUGGAGUUGGUACUUUUGCUAUACAGGUAAUGAAAGCGUGGGGUGCUCAUGUGACAGCAGUUUGCUCUCAAGAUGCCAGUGAACUUGUAAGGGAGCUUGGGGCAGAUGAUGUAAUUGAUUACAAAUCUGGAAGUGUGGAGGAGCAGUUGAAAUCCUUAAAACGGUUUGAUUUUAUCCUUGAUAAUGUUGGCGGAUCCACUGAAACAUGGGCUCUAGAUUUUCUCAAGAAAUGGUCAGGAGCCACCUAUGUGACUUUGGUGACUCCUUUCCUUCUGAACAUGGACCGAUUGGGUGUAGCAGAUGGGAUGUUGCAGACAGGAGUCACUGUAGGUUCGAAGGCAUUAAAGCAUUUCUGGAAAGGAGUCCAUUAUCGUUGGGCAUUUUUCAUGGCCAGUGGUCCGUGUUUAGAUGACAUUGCAGAACUGGUGGAUGCGGGAAAGUCUUCUACACAGGCUGUUUGGCAUUGGAAAUCAUUCCUGACGGUGAAGGGUUCUGGGACCGGGAAGUUGGAAUGUGACAGUGGAUACCUUGAUGAGAUCCGGCCAGUUAUUGAACAAACCUUUCCUUUUUCUAAAGUUCCAGAAGCCUUCCUGAAGGUGGAAAGAGGACACGCCCGAGGAAAGACUGUAAUUAAUGUUGUUUAAAUAAAUAUGCGGUUUAGUGA